AUGAAGAUCACACCACCAACCUUUCUAUUCAGUGCACUUUUCUUUUCUCAGCUUGGUGCGGCUGGCCCGUUGUGGCGCAAUGGUACGAGUAGGAAUUUUUUAAGAGAUGGUCAUGUAGGAAAGGAAAAGAGUGAGAGUGCCAUCGUAAUUACGAUUUUACCUGGUACAUUCACUUCUUCAACGAUUAGUUCUACUACUCAAAUCGAAUCAUCCUCUUCGACAGGAGGAAGUUCGACUUUAAUUCCCAGUACGACGGUUAUUCCGACACUAUCGAGUAGCACUUCUGCAACUUCAGUAGUACAAUCAGAGAAGAGAUCUCAAACAACGGAAUCUCAAAGCACAAGUACUUCUAGUACAUCGUCGGAUGAGAAUAAUGAAUCCAAAACUCCAUUAAGUUCUUCAACAUCUUCGACACAAUCAGCUUUAAUAUCCUCGAUCAUAUCAAGUACAAGCGGUACAACUCUGGCAUUAACAAGUUCAUUUCCAUCCCAAAUAUCAAGUACCCUAAGUGGUACCCAAACAAAGACAGGAGACGUUGCCGCAACAGAAUUAACGUUCACUAUUACACCACCAUUCAUUCCUGCAUCUACUGGAAAAGCAUCUUCUACGAAGAGUGAUACUUCAAUUCAGAGUACAUCAGGGAGUGCAUCUGAGUCGCAAGCUAGCUCUUCUUCUUCGAGUCAGGCUUCUGUUUUGACUACUACUUUUCCGCCACUCCCUACUGCUCUACCGGAUAGUAGUACUGCAGCGCAAAGUUCUUCUACAUCCGGUACUUUCCCAAUAUGGAGUCAAGUUUCUGUUCUAACUACUACUUUUCCGCCGCUCCCUACUAUUCUACCGGAUAGUAGUACUGCAGCGCUGAGUUCUUCUGCAUCGGAUAGCUCCUCACUGUCAAGUUUGAUUUCCGUACAGACUACAACUUUUCCACCGCUUCCGACUACUUUACCCGAAGCUAGUACAACACAGAAAAUUACUUCCGAACAGUCGUCACAGGGUUUUGAAUCAGUAACUUUAGUAUCUUCAUCAUCAUUAUCUUCAGAAUCAUCUUCAUCAUCACCUCCAUCAUCACCAACCAUCUCAGUAGCCCCAUUUAUUAUCGGAAAUUCAAGUACAACAGCCGCAGGCACUGCACCAAUUUCCAGUAAUUCAGGUCCGAGUUUCAAACCGACAAUUGGUAUCACGACUGAAACUUCUGGAACCACUACUCAAUCUUCCAUAAGGGUGACACUGUCGCCUAUUACGGUACCACUAGGCACUGCUGGGACAAUAUCGAUUUCAACAGGAAGUAUUUUGUCGACUGGAGAAAGUUCUGCAGGUACGGUUGGAGUGCAAAGUACUGGAAACGUGGAGUUUAAAGAACCAACCAUCCAAGCAACCACCAAGCCACCAAAACCCACCCAACUCAUCCCAAGCACAACAAUCAUCAGCGUGACCACACCAGAUGCAAAUAAUGGAGCCGUAACCGCGUUAACUAUUAUUCCUGUAACCAUCAGUUCCACUUCCAGUUCCAGUACUAGUUCCAAUUCCGGAAGCAACUCCAAUUCUGGCACCGAAAACGAAAACAGAAGUGGUAAAAACAGCGCAACAACUACCGAAAUAUCCAUCUCGAGCGCCGUUGUUACGACUGCUGGAAAUGGUUUGGCGCAGAUGACUCCUAUUUCUACUCCUAUUUCUACUUCUAUUCCUAUCGCUACUCCUAGCCUUAUAGCUAGCCCAAGUCCUAGCCCCACCUCGAUCAUUGUACUGAGCACUAGUACUUCCGCCGGAAAUGAAAUUGCAGGAAAUGGAAAUGGCCUAGAAACAACAAUCCUCAAUAUCCCCGCGCCUAGAGAAACAAGUACAUAUACAACUAGUACUACCAGUAGCACAGAAGGAGCAGGACUAGCAAAUAUUUGUCUAGGUGUAGGGAGUAAUGGGAAAAUUAGUAGUAUGAGUAGUUGUGUUGGGGGAGCGACUGAGACGGAGACGAAGACGAUUGCAACUGAGUGCUGCACUUGCACUUGCACUUGA